UACGCGCUCAGUCUCCGAGCAGAGUGGUGGAGAUGUGUGUACGUUGAGAUAUUCAGCUAUUUUAGCACGAGCAAAAGUUUUGCGCACACCUGAAAGCUACAAUUCUGCUGUGGGCGAUCUACAAGCUGAAGGCAGUCAAGAAAUCAAAGGGAUAAAGUGCGUCAUUCUUCGUUGAUUCCAGAAAUGACCGACUUUGAACCAACGUUGCUAAGGACUGCAAUCAAUGAGGUCCUGCCUGACCUUCCAGAAGUGACAAAGGAUAUUCUUGAAGAAACCUUACAAUCCAUUGGGGUAGAGACAAAUGAUGAUUUUCAGUUCAUUGAAGAAUCUGAUUUGCACUCAGCCUUGAGGCCAGUUCAAGCACGAAAAGCCAUUGCCGCUUGGAAACUGAGAUGUCAUACUCCUGAAAACAGCAGCUCAUCUCUUGGUGCAUCGCCACAAUCUCCUGAAUCCUCACAAUCUGUUUCACCUAAAUCACUCUCAACCUCCUCCAGCAGCAGUCAAAGACCUUGUGUAGACUCGAUGGAUACCUUCCAGAUACCAUGGAACAAGUUUCCAGAAGAAUUGAUGCAAUCACUGGAGAGAGGAAAACGGCCAAGUCCACACAUGAGAAGGGAGAUGGUCCGGAUUGUGGUUUCUGAGAUGAUGAAAAAAAGCUCUAGGAUAAGUAAAAGGAACUCUACUGAAGUUGUCAAAAAGAUGGUGGCAAAAUAUCCAAAAUCUCUGCAAGACAUAAUAGAGGGAGAUGUGAUUGGUCCAGGGUAUCACUCUCUAGUCAAGCAAUUGGAGUACAGAAUUGACAAUGUGAAGCGAUCUACCACCCCAAAAAUAAGAAAAAGAAAGCAUCAUACUGAUGAGUCUGACACUGAGUCUGUCCCUUCAGAACAGAGAGCAGCAAUCCAAGACACUUAUGGAUGCAUUAACUGGGAUGUGAAAUUCCUGCCCCUUGGAGAAACUACAGAGAGCCAGCAACUGAAAAAAGAAAAACUUAAGAUGAUGUUUCAGAAAACUGAUGCAAAUCCUGAAGAAGUCAAAAAUCUAAUGAAACUGACUUUCUACACACAGCGUAAACAAGUCAACCAAGGAAAAACUAUAAAAUACCUCAUGGAAGAAUGGCCAUUUUGGUUUAGAGAACUUGGCGUGGCAGUCCAAGGAACUCACUGGAAUUGGACUUAAUGAAACUUUGAGACGCA